AUGCCUACCGCGUUGGCAUCCACCCCCGCGGCCGCGCCAAAUGCAAAGAUACCACAAGUCACGGGCCUCCGCAAGAAUGGGAAGCAGUGGCAUCAGUCUCGAAAAGCCUUCAGGCCUACAGCCGGCCAGUCAUCAUAUGCCAAGCGAGUAGAAAAGCAGGCGCAGGAAGCGGAAGUGAAGAAGCUGGAGGAUGAGAUGAAGGCGGAAAAGGAAGACGAGAGGCAGCGGCGGAUACAGGCGAUCAAGGACAAGCGGGCGGCGAAGGAGGAGAAGGAGCGGUUCGCAAAGAUGGAGGAGAAGAUGCAUCGGAAGAGAGUGGAGAGACUGAAGCGGAGAGAGAAGCGGAAUAAGGUACUGAAGUCUUGA